UAAGGAUCAUGUAGUCGUAUUACUACUACUAACUACCUCUGUCCCUUAUCUUUGUUCAAUUUUCCAAACAUUCAAAACAAAAGCUGCUCAAAAUCCUCUAAACCAAGAAUACGGAAGGCUACAUCUGUUUAUUCUUGUUGCCCAGAAACUGGUUUAAUCAUCAUGGAACAGGACGAGCAAGAAGAUCCAGCUUUAACUGCAAAAAAAGCUGCUUUGUUGGCGCUUUUAGAUGCAUCUUCAAGUGUUAACGGUCAUGGUGAUUUUCAAGAAGCUUAUAUAAAUCCUUCUGUCUCAGAGGGUAGUGGUAAAUCAGAAACCUCCGUGCAAAACUGUAUGUUACAAAGUGUAGAACAGAUGGAACAGGAAAAUGGUAUUCCCUCCACAGUGUGUACAUCAAGUCCUCAGACUAACUGUCAUAAAAACUCUGAAUCUAUUUCUGUUGAUAAUGAAUCACCUAACAUUGCACCAAGACCUAAGGUUGACGGUCAUAAAAACUCUAAAUUAACUUGUGUAGACAGUGAAUCACCUAAUGCUCCGAAAGAGAUAUUUGCUCCACUGUUGGCUCUUAAUUUUGAAAAAGAAUUCCAGUCAUCUGAGGAUAACUUCACUAAAGGUUGCAAAUGGUCUCCAGAUGGUUCUUGCUUACUUGUUGGAAGCAAUGACAAAAUGCUUCGGAUAUUCAACCUCCCAUCACGGGUAUCAUGUGGUGAUAUUCAAGAUGAGAGCUGGUUUUUUGAGGAGUCUUCAAAACACAUCAACCCUGCUUUAACCAUGAAAGAGGGAGAGUGUAUUUAUGAUUAUACCUGGUAUCCAGCAAUGCAUUCGAGUGAUGCACAGUCAUGUUGUUUUGCAGUAACUUGCCGUGGAUGUCCAGUCCACCUGUGGGAUGCUUGGCAUGGCAAGCUGAUAUGUAGUUAUCUACCAUACGAUCACCUUGAUCAGCUUGUUGCGGCUUACAGCAUUGCUUUCAAUUUAGAUGGCUCGGAGCUCUUUUGUGGUUUUAAUAAAGCCAUCAGGAUAUUUCAAGUAUCUCGACCUGGCAGAGAAUUUGUUAAAAUUGAUGCAAGAGAUCAGCCAGGUAUCAUUUCUUGCAUGGCUUUUAAUCCUGUCCUGCCAUCAGUGUUUGUAGCUGGGAGCUAUCUAGGAAAUUUAGGCCUGUAUAGUACAGAUAGGAAUGCAUUAUUCUGUCGGAUAGAUGGCUGUCCAGGGGGCAUGACACAGAUCAAAUUUAGCUCUGAUGGUAUAAAACUCUUUUCAGGAGCUCGCAUGAACAAUAAAAUAUUGUGUUGGGAUCUUAGAAACCCAGGGAAACUGCUCUGGUCAUUUAGAAGAGAGGUGAAUACUAACCAAAGGAUUAGUUUUGAUCUUGAGCCACAUUCCAAUAACUUCCUUAUUUCAGGCACCACAAAUGGGUCAGUUCUUAAGUGGAACUUGCAGGAUUUACCACUCCCUGAUGGUGAGGACCCAGAAAUGAUCAAGACAUCUUCAAAGUUUGUUGCUCAUAAAGACUGCUGUAAUGGUGUGAGUUUAAAUCCACAUUUCCCAGUACUAGCCACAAGCUCUGGUCAGCGCCACUUCCCAGAGCCACAGUCAUGUUCUAGCUCAGACUCCUCCUCUGAAGAUGAUGGACCCUUAUUUUUGCAUAGGAAAAACAAAUAUGAAAAUUCUGUAAAAUUAUGGUGGCUUGGGUGAUGUAGAAUGAAUUUCACUUUCUUGGGUAUUCCUUGUCAUGGAUUUUUUUUUUCUUUGUUGAUAACGAUUCUUGGUUAAACCCAGUUUUGCUCAGGAUCACACAUUUACCUGAAUGUACUAAUUACUAAGCAUUUUCAUUUUGAGUUUUAAUAAAAAAACAGAAACAGAGUGAUUGUACAAUAUUCUUUUCUUUGCUCUUAACAUUUGAAAUGUAGGUAAGCUGAUCAAUAUAGGUGUGCAGAACUCCUUUUGUUAUAAGAAAAGACUAAUACAUGUACUGAAGAUAUGAUAUUGUGCAUUUUAUACUUAACAUGUUUUUUUAACAUGUUCUGGGUUUAUGGUCCAAAAAUUGCAGGUUGUUUGCAUUCUUACAAAACUCGCUUUUUCAACUGCCUUGACCACUGUAUCAAGUCUGAUCUGAGGUUGGAACAAAAGAAUCCAGCCACGGACACAACAUUUCAAGGGAUGAAUCACCAGUCUCUUGCUGAGUAUGUUCAUGUGGUGAACGAAUGAUUUUUUUUCACUUUUAGUGAAUGAGCACUGGGAAGAUGUCUGGAGAGUCUAUAAUUUUAUUAUAUUUCAUUUUUAAGGAAAUAUGUAUAUAUUUUUCCUUACCUGGUUCAUGAACGUAGACUGAUUAGCAUAUGUGUACAGGCAUUCCCCGGGUUACGAAGGGGGUUCCGUUCUUGAGAUGUGGUGUAAGCCGAAAAUCACUGUAAGCCGGA